AUGGCUGAGGAAAGGUAUGACAAGCCUGCAAUAGAAGAAAAUGUCUUUGAAGCCUUGGAAAAAGACUUCCAAGAAGUCAUCAAUGAGCUUACAGGAGAUCAAAGCUUGGAAAAAUUCCGUAUAGAAUAUGAGAAGCUUCAUGCAGUACUGAAAAAGUCCUAUGAGAAUGAAAAGCGUCUUAUGGCAAAAUGCAGGGAAUUGAAUGCAGAAAUUGUGGUGAAUUCAGCUAAAGUGGCCACUGCUCUGAAGCUUUCCCAGGAUGAUCAGACAACCAUCGCAUCACUGAAAAGGGAGAUUGAAAAAGCCUGGAAAAUGGUAGAUGCAGCUUAUGAGAAAGAGCAGAAAGCAAAGGAAACCAUCUUGACUCUUAAAGAAGAAAUCUUGAGCUUGACUAAAUUAGUGGAGCAAGGAUCUGGGUUAUCACUGGGUCAAGAGCAUAGCAUGCGGGAAUUGCUGAAGUUUAAAGAGGAAGUAACAAAAGAACGGGACCAAUUGUUAGCAGAGGUUGUAAAGUUACGUGAAAAUGUAGCCAAUAUGUCAGAUCAGCAGCAAGAGGCAGAAAAGACAAAAGUUGAGACAGACUCCACUAUUGCUCAGCUCCAACAGGAAAUCCAGAUGCGUCAGAAUGAAGCUUCCCGGGACUCUAGAAAGAAAGACAAAAUGGAGAAGGAACUGAGACAGCUUCAGGCAGAAUUGGACAACAAAUUAACUGAUAUGAAGACAAUGCAGCAGAAUAUGAAUAAGACCAAAGAGGAUCUCUCGAAACUUGAACAGCAGCUCAAAGAACAAAAGAUCCAGAAUGAAAGAUUCCAGAAAGACCUAGAUCAAUGCCAAAUUAAAAACGCCAAACUCCAGCAAGACAAUGACCAGCACAUUUUGGUGGUUGAGCAACUGUCACAGGAGAAUCAACAGAAAACCCUGGAGCUAAGAUCAAGAGAAGAUGAGCUGUCUCAGAUGCGUCAAGAGAUUGGAAAGCUUACCAAAACGAGAGAGAUUAUGCAACGAAAAUUACGUGCUGUAGAAGAGCAAAAAAUACAUGCUGAACAUGAAAGGGAACUUCUUAAAAACCAUAUCUCUGGGUUAGAGAAAGAGCUGGAAGCUGCCAAAAAGCAAGCAGAGAUUGAUAAGAAAGCUAUAGAUGAACUUGUGAGAGAAAGGGACAUAUUGAACAAGAACUUGCUCAAGGCUGCCAGUGUCACUCAGAAGCAGAUGAACCUUGUUAAGCUCCAUGAACAGUCAAAAAAGAACCUAGAAGAAGAAAUUCAGAAUUAUAAGGAUGAGGCUUUUAAACAGAGGAAGAUUAUUUUUCAGCUGGAGAAGGAGAGAGACCGCUAUAUCAAUGAAGCCAGUGAUCUCACACAGAAGGUCCUUCAUCAUAUGGAAGACAUUAAAGUGCGGGAAAUGCAGAUCUUUGAUUACAAAAAGAUGAUAGCAGAGUAUGAAACAAAAUUAAAACAACAACAAAAUCUCUAUGAAGCUGUGAGAUCAGACAGAAACCUCUAUAGUAAAAAUCUGAUUGAAGCCCAGGAUGAAAUCAAUGAAAUGAGGAAAAAACUGAAGAUUAUGACACACCAGGUAGACCAGCUGAAAGAAGAGAUCAAUGCUAAAGAGGCAGCUCUUGUGAAAGUGCACCUGGACCAUCAACGGAUAGAAAAAGAAAAAGAAGCCUUAAAGACCGAACUGCUUAAAAUGAGGCAACAAGCUCUGGAGACUAAACAUUUUAUUGAAAAACAAGAGGAGGAAGAAAGAAAACUCUUGAAAAUCAUUUCUGAAGCAGAUGCAGAGAGAAUGAAGCAAAAGAAAGAACUGGACCAGGUUAUUAGUGAAAGAGACAUCCUGGGGAGCCAGCUGGUUCGCCGCAAUGAUGAAUUGGCUCUUCUAUAUGAGAAGAUCAAAAUCCAGCAAUCAAUUCUGAAUAAGGGAGAAAUGCAGUACCGGCAAAGAGUUGAAGACAUCCGACUGCUCAAGUUGGAGAUCAAAAAACUUCGUCGGGAGAAGGCAAUACUUAGCAAGAGCGUGGCUAAUGUGGAGGAACUCAGGCAGGAAGUUUAUCAUAUGCAAAAAGAACUGCUGAAGGAACGCACUCGUUGUAGAGCAUUGGAGGAAGAACUAGAGAACCCAAUGAAUGUUCACAGAUGGAGGAAAUUAGAGGCCAGUGAUCCAAGUACCUAUGAACUGAUACAGAAGAUACAUGCACUACAGAAACGGCUUAUAAGCAAGACAGAAGAAGUGGUGGAAAAAGAGUUGCUCCUACAGGAAAAGGAGAAGCUAUAUGUGGAACUGAAGCACAUCUUAGCCCGUCAACCCGGACCAGAAGCAGCUGAGCAAUUGCAGUUGUAUCGGUAUACCUUACGGGAGAAAACCAAGCAACUUAAAGUUUUGUCUUCAGAACUCAACAUGUAUGAAUCACAGAGUCAAGAAUACAAAUAUGAAAUCGAAAGACUUGCCAAUGAGCUUCUGAAUGUGAAAAAGAAAUACCUCACUCAAAGACGCAAGGAACAGGAAAACAAGGAGAAGGAAAGAGUCUUGAAUACCAUGGAACAUGACUUCUCGGUGCCGAGGACCAGAGUUUCACGCUUUACUGGUGGCGGUUAUCCACUUAGCAACCCACCUCCCAAAAUUGUGGUCUGAAUCAUUGGAUCAGUGCACCGUGUCAACUGUUUUGGCACCUUCUGAACUAAACAUUUUUCUUUUUGGAAAUAUUUUGCAUAAUAAUAUAUGGUGCUUUUAUAGUAACGUGCACUAAAAUACUACCUUGAGAUCACUGAUAAGAAGGAAAGUUUGACAAUAAUGUUUGCUACAAGGAUGCCACUCUGCAUUCUGUAGUUAUCAGUGGAGUCACUUCUCCUUUUUAAAAGCAAUCUUAUGCCACUGGGAACUUAUCAUUGGUUGUAAGUUCUGGUCAUUUCCAAGAAAAUAUACUGAGGAUUGAUGGUAAAUUGGUAAUCAACUUGAUGCAUAUUAUAUUGCUUCAAUCCAUCUCUUUCUAAAUAUAUCCCUUGAAACUACAUUGAAAAAAACAAGAAUGUUAUUCUCCAUCAAAAUGAGCUAAAAAUUAUCUUAAUGGAACAUUAAUGUAUGAAGGUGUAAGGUCAUGUGUUAUACAAUUGCAAAGUUCAUUAUGACAGAGGUAGGUAAUUUGGAGCCUUCCAGAUGUUUUGCCUUAUGUAAUGAGCAAUCCUGGCUAGGACUUAUGGGAGUCAUCGCCUAAAAUAUCUGCAGGACACCAGAUUGACUAUUUCUGUGUUCAAGAGAACAGAAAGGUAAUCUUGAGCUGACUCUAGUGAAUACAUUUCUUUUUUAUUUUAGAUACCAGGUCAGAUUGGAACAUCUUUAACUCUAUUUAGAUUUUCUUAUUUUCAGUUUAAACUUAUUAAAAUGAGGGCAUUGAGUUACUUUUGCAACAUUUAACCUUUGUUUACAUAUGAAGCCUUACAUGUUUCUCCACAAUGAAAAACCUUUUUCAACCUCUAAGAAAUCGGGUUAUCAUACAUUAAGAAGCCAUAUGAGAGAUACACUGUCUGAGUUGCUGUAGGUGGUGGGAACUUAAAAUAAACUUUAUAAAAUCUG